GAAAAAGAGAGAGGGAGGGAUCUGAGCAGGUCCCGGAGCAGUCAGAGAACUCACACUGAGAAAAACCUGCAGUCAUCUCUGCUGCUGGGACGUUUAUGGGACACUGCGAAGAAGGCGGGAUAUACAGGAGGGAGAGGAAAUCACCGUGGCUGAUAAGUAGGGUCCAGUUAGUCUCCAUCUCUCUCCGACAGUUCUCUCGUUCAGCAUGGAGCCCAACAGCCCCAAGAAGAUUCAGUUUUCCGUUCCACUUUUCCAGAGCCAGUUGGAUCCCCAGGCGGCCGAGCACAUUCGCAAGCGCAGACCGACUCCAGCCACUCUGGUCAUUUACAAUGAGCCCAGUGCUUCAGGAGAUGACAAGCAGUCUACAGGCCAUCAAACAGAGGCCCAGAACGCGCAGCUUUCUCCAGCCCAGAGGAAACAGAGCGUCUACACACCGCCCACCAUGAGAGGUAAAGAGCACUACAGCGACAGCCAACAGGAGGACAGAGAGAGUCAUCAACCCCCCAGACUCUCUCAGAAACACCUGGACACACUGUCAGAAGAACCUGGAGAUCUUUCACCCCGACGCAAAGACACACCGUACCUGCACCAGCAUCCAUUCAUCCCCGGCGUAAAGGUGCUGAAAAAACAGACUGACCCUUCUUCACUUCUCCAGGAAGAAGAGGAGAGCAGCGGUGAACGGAAAAACAGCCAGACAGAGUAACACGGCAGACAUCAAGAGAAUUCAAUCAUGAUUUGUAGUUUAACUUUGUUCCUUUUUUUAGCUUUGUUUUUCAGUAUUAAAUAUGUACUAAUGUGCACAACAAAUACAAAUGUGCAUUUUUAUUCCACUGUGGGGUCCAAAACAAACUUUAUAUACACACAAUACAGAUAUUACAUACUAAGUGAAGUUUAUUUAUAAACUAAUUUCGAGAGGAUCAUGUGCUUAUGAUUGCUUACAGCUGGUCUCGCAUUAUUCAAUUUAUGAUUCACCAAUCAGAUGAUUCCUAAGCCUCUAUAAAUAGUUCCAUAUAACAGCCAUCUUCGUUUUGAUGAGUCCCCCCUUCCACCCCUACUCCUCCUCCUUUCCUAGAUAGGUGGCACAGUGGCCUAGUGGUUAGCACUGUUGCCUCACAGCAAGAACAUCACUGGUUCUGGUCAUUACCAAGCCAGCCGACGUUUCUGUGCGGAGUUUACACGUUCUGCCCGUACUCACGUGGGUUUCCCCUGGUUUCCCCGGUUACCUCCCACCAUCCAAAAACAUGCAACUUAUGUUAAUUGGCUAAUCCAAAUCGUCACCAUAGACAUGCUCCAGUAAGUAUUUAUUUCUUAAGAGCCAUCACUAUCUGUUCAUUAGCUACUACAGCAGGGGAGUUCUCGAGAUCUAUCUGAGCUCAAACUCCCCUCUCGCCUUGCAAACAGGAGGGAGCCCCGAGCUCGAGGAUCUUAUGAGCUCAGGGCUUUCUCCCGGGACAGCAUGCCAAACAAGCUUUAUAAUCAAUCAUCAGCUAAGUGUGAACUCUUGAAAAAGUAAUAAUAAUAAAAAAUGCACAUUUUUACCAGUCGUUUGGCAUUUUUGCUAGUUAUUUUAGACCCCACUGCGCAUUAUUUAGUAUUAUUUUAUUUCAUAAUGUUAAGUUUGUUAAUGUUAAGUUUAUUUUGUUGUAAUUUGAAACAAAAAAACUGAUUAGGAUUUAUCGAUAUAUUGGGAGGAUUGUGAAACCAAUCACGUCAUUAUUAUUAUCAUCGGUGACUUCCUCGUAUUGAAAGAGCUUGAGGUUCACAUGACACUCUCUGACAGAAGCUAUAUUUUUGUAGGUUUGUGGCUGUUUUGUAUGCAGACGUGACUCUGAAGUCCCACACGGCUGUUGUGCAGCCCACCUGCUUGCAUAUAUGUGGGCAUCAUACAUGGACUUAAGGCUUCAGACAUGCCAUUAAAGUUUUGUAACACAUUUUCCCCCCAAAAUAUCUCAUUUAAUAAUGACGAUAUCUAAUUUUCUCAGAUUUAUUCAUCAGGUGUUGUUUUUUUUUUAUAUUAAGUGAUUUGUGUGUGUGUUUGUUUACUGUAAAUGAGCUUUAAAAGAUUAACAGGACCCUAUGAUUUUAUUUGGAUCUGUAGUAAAUGUGUUGAACAAGUAUUUCCAACAAAUAUACUGUAUGACUCAUUUUGUCUCUCUUUUUUUU